AUGUAUCAUAAACCCGCUCACUCCAACAAACUCGCCCACUUUCUUCUGACACGGCAGUUGAAGAUCGAUAAAAAGCAUGAGCUGUGGUUCAUUUUCGGCGGAAAGCCGGUGAAAUUCUCUCUCCGCAAGUUCGCGAUUAUCACAGGUUUAAACUGUAAACCCAUUUCACCCCCUCCACGGGAAAUGCUGAAGUGUAAACCUGAAGAAGUGCCAUACUGGUUCACUUUUUUUGGGAGAGACGAAAAUGUCACCGGCGAGAAAUUAGAGGUAAUGCUUAGGCGCUCCAAAAAUCUAUCCAGCGUGAUGAAGGUCAAAUAUGCAUGUCUCCUCAUAGUCGAUGGACUGCUUUGCCGCAAAUCCACGGGCAUGAAGAUCCUCAAAGAACACACGGAGAUGAUUCGAGACCUUGACUAUUUUCUCAGCAUCCCUUGA